GGGAUUGCGCGAGCCUCUCUCGAUUCAGUUGCACUUCGCCCUUGACGCGCGCCUCUUUGCCUGUGAUUCGACUGCAUCCUGUUAGACCGGCAUACGAUGUGUAUAAACGUCGAACUUCAUCAUACUCGCCUGUGAUAUCUAUCUUGCCUACCGCGCGCAGAUCAACAUAUCCCGACUCAGCCGAAGAGCGCGCAGGUAUCGCCUCUCUACACCAUGUCUAAUCACCAAGUUCCCCCAGUACCCCCGUACUGGGGGCCAUCCAACUAUACACAGCCAUGGGCCCCCCAUCCUUCAUCAUCAGGCCCCGUGCCCCAGGGUCUUCCUUUCAACCAGGGCCCGACCCUGCCAGUCCCUCCGCCAUUGCAGAACCUUGGUAGUCAUGCGCUUGAUUAUACGAACAAUCUUGAGGGUUUCUAUGCGAAUGCAGGCCUUCCGGGACUUGGAGGUCCGGGCGCAACUGCAUCCCUGCCACCUCCACCAUUCCCUUUCGCCGGCGCUUUCCCUCCCGGACAGCUUCCGCCACCUCCUUUCCCCCCCCAUAUGCCGAAUAUCGCGUAUCCUAUGGUACCCGUCCCUCCUCUCCCCCACGCGCAACCUAGCCGUCCGUCCACCACCGAACAAACCCAGACUGUGCAACCGGACGCACCUGAAUCUCGACCCAUGACGACUUCAAGCUCGGAACAGGACCUUGACCGAGAAGAAGGUGAACUGACGGAUAUGGAACCCCCCGUAACGAAAUCUGGUCCAAGGCCGCGACACACAGGUGACACAUACGCUAAGCAAGAAUCCCGCAUUCCACCAAAGCAAGGGCACUACAACCAGACAAAAGACGCGCGCUAUCAAGGCUCUAGAAGCUCUGGUGCCCGUCCUUCACAUCUUUCCUCUAUAGCUCUUGCACCAAAAGCGAGCUCAGCAACCUCGGAUCUUGAGGAAGGCGAAGCCUCACCUGAGCCGCACACUUCGCGCAGAGAUAGCGGAUCCCCCUACAAUCCACCAUUGCCAAUGGACAUCGAGUCGCCGUCUGCCGCGAAAUCCGCUCCUGCACCAUCUAUUGAACAAUUCAAUGAUGUAAAUAACCCUGUUUUAGCUUCAGCCCAACUCCACACGGGCAAGUCGCUUGCGCAACUCCGUGUUCAAGCACAAGGCGCUCUCCUUGGUUUGGCCCCGCACAGCAUUCGUUACAGCGAAUUGGUUGGAGAAGGCAUUAAUCCUCUCAUUUUAAAGCAACUAUAUGAGGAAGUUGGCAUAAAAGUUCCCAGUUCCCCACCUUCUGCGUCUCAAGUCUCACCUAAAGACUUCUAUCGUCCCGGCGCGAAGGAGCCAGAAGAGCAAGAAGCGCAACAAAUCCAACCAACGGAGUCCAAGACACGCUCUUCUCAGAAGACUAUUCCCACAGAUUCUACCCUAACGGCUGUACAAUCUACCCAAAGCACUUCGUCUAAGCCUAUGGAGAGAAAAGAAGUAAUUGCACGCAUGCUUGCCGCCAAAGCUGCUGCUGCCAAGACUUCAAGUGUAUCGGCGCCAUCUCAGACGGAUACUGCAAUAACCGCUCCGGCUCCUGAAAGCCUUGUUCCAAGCACGGACAAGUCCCUAGCAUCGACACCUUCAGAGGAUAUUUCUAAGGAAAAGGAGGUACGCGUAAAGGAAAAGAACAAGGCGCAAACAGAAUUAGCCAGGCAACGGAUAGAGCAGCUGAAGAAACAGGGUCUAAUGAGAAGCCAGCAGAAGUCACAGACAGAAGCUGUGUCCCCGGAGAAGGAGCAGCUUCUUGCUACUUCAUCACAAGCCUCAUCGUCAAUGGCCAUCCAACACCCUCUGCCAGUUCGCCCUCCGGAUCCUGAAGCUGUAUCACUCGCCCGUAUACCUGGCCUAUUUAUGAACGAACAGAGCGCAGCUAACGAUUCAACCAACGCACCUGCUCAAAGUCUUGGAGCGGAUUCAACUUCCCAAUCUCGUGCGAGUCAACGCAAACGCCCGCGGGCAUCUGACUUCGACGAGCCGAUUCCUGUUCCUAAGAGAAACUUCAGCAACGGCACCAAUCAUGUCCCUCUCCCGAGACUCGUCAUUGAUAUUAGUGAUGAUGAAUUCUAUGGAGAUGACGAAGAUGGUAGUAUGGAUAUCGAUCUAACCGCGGAAAGUACCCUACAAAGCUCCGGUGAAAUGGAAGGUACCGAGAGUUUACAGCCUGUAUUACCAUCGUCGAUCGAAAGCCUUCCCCAUCGGCCUGCAACAUCACAGAGCCUAGGCUAUUCUGUAUCCUCAACGCCACAGAUAAAUAGAAACGGUGAACAGGAUGACCUCAGAAAAAAGCACCUCGAGAUACAGGCAAUGCAUCGAAGAAUUGCCGAGCUUGAGCAGAGAAAAAAGGCAAGGCUAGCAAGUCGCACCCAAUCUCCUCGGAACUCUGACUUAUCACCUCCCGAGAAUUCCACCCCUGUUGACUCCGAAGCCGUCAAUCCCUCCCUCGUGGUGGAAACGGUAGCAUUGGAACCCUCCAACAAACCAGGUGAUGAGUUUCUGUCAUCCCUAGGCGUUGAAACCUUGCAUGAAAUGAAGUCGAAGCUCCAACGGAAGGAUGAGAUCGAAGCCGGGGUUCCUUCAUUGGAUGCCGAAAUACAAAAGUCUGAAGCUAAACUCGCUGAUUUCAAGAAAGAAGGGGAUAAGCUUCUUCUGGAAAUCACAAAGGGGAAAGAAGGUCGACAGCAGCUUCUGCAAGAGCUUAGUUCUUUGAAAGCAGAGCUUAAUGGGCUCUCCCUUGAGGAAGUGAUUACCGCAUUGACUAGGUCUGAGCUGAAGACAGAAACGCUUAACCACAUUCCUGAAGUUCCGGGCCAUCAAGAUGAUACUUCACCUGAGGACAAGGUCUCAGUACAAGAGCCGCCCCAGGACCAAUCACAAAUCCUAGACACUGCUCCCACCCAAGAUUCUAGUUCCCACGCUCAGGAACUCGAUGAACCCCAGUCAGUUGCCCCCAACAACAUGGGUAUUCCCGCAGCGCCGGCCGUACCAGCAGACGAACUUGCGGACGAACUGCCGGAUGCCUCGAUGUCGGAGGACUCUAGAUCCUCGAUGGAUGAGUCUACCGGCAGUUCUAGUUCUAGCUCGGACUCUUCUGACGAAGAAAUGCCAGAUGAAGAAGUUCAUGAUGCCGGCUCUGUUGCGGCUGAGAGUCUUGGUGGAUCUUUAAAUAUAAGUCCUGACAAUCAAGAUGAGUUGAAUGCAGACAAUAUGCAGCAAGUGCCCGAGGUUCAGCAAUCUGAGAUUCAGCCUCAAUCUGAUAUGACAUGCACUGCCGAGGAAAAUGAUGUUGCCAUGGAGGACCAGUCUUGCGGAGAAUCCUCCGUUUCAGAGGCAUACGAGCCCCCAGAACCAGAAGAAUCAAGCGCUGCUGGUUCUACCUACUCCCCCCCCUUGAGCCCCGUCUCUCCUGGUUCUUUGGCUCCCGAGGAAACCCCCAAGUCCCGGGAAGAUCAAUCUAAAGAAGCUGGUGAGCCACUAACUGGAAAGGUCCAGGAACUGGAUUUUCAGCAACCAAGCCAUUAUCCUCGAGUUGGCCUUUUGGAUAAUGAGCGACAACCCGAAGACUCAGAGCGUAAAUUUUCACCCUAUCAUAGCCCAUUGAAGCUGUUCAAGGGCUACCGCUACCACCCAAAUUACACUGAUACCGUGUCUGGUGGCUAUCGCUCUCUAACAUAUAGCCAUAACAUUGAUCCCAUGAAAUAUCUUUGCCCUUUUGAGGCUGCAGGAGGUGUCUGUAACGACAAAUUCUGUGAAUUCCAACAUUUUCGGGAUAUGGCUCUUAGUGAUGACAAGGUCCUCGUCCAAAUGGGUUCUCGUCGAGAAGGCAAAACACCGGAAGAAAGUGAUAGUUAUCUUGCCGGGCUAAAACAAAUGAUCAACGACAUGCGGCGGGAGAAGGUGAAAGAUUUCAGCACUGUCGCCGCUGAGAUUGCCGCAUACCGUAGACGUUUCCUUCAGGAUCCUUCACGGGUCUUGGCCUUGUAACAACAACAAACAUGAUCUCAGCCUGUGACAGUUCCCCAAUCCUCUCUUUUAUAUUCAAGGUGAGCUGCAGCUCCAGCUUCUAAGCCCAAAGCAUAGUCUGUGUGAAUACCCACUCUACCUGGAGAUGGGUGGUUCUCACACCACGCCGGCGCUGGAAGGUUAUUUCUUCCUAUUUUUCCCAUGAUACCAACAUCCCAAACUCUUCGACCUCCGCGGCCUUCUUAUCCCAUUUGUCUAUUAGCAUCUUCAGCAUUUUACCUUGGACCCGUUCCCUUUCUUUUCUUUGUUGAUCUAUUGCUGUUUGGCAUACAAGAGAGCGAGCAUGGAGUCAGGAGCAUUACGGGGGUUCUUUUUCUUUAACCAAGUCGUAGGCGAGCUCACCCACGCCUUGACAGCAAGACCGACAGAAACACGAAGCAAAACAAGGAAAAGAAACAAAAGAAAGAAAGAAAGAAAGAAAAAGAAAAGUACAAAAAGAAGACGAAGAAAGGAGAAGAG